GUUCUUUUGGGGUUGCGGGUUAGGGUUGGGGUUGUUUCGAAUCGUCUCUCUGUUCGCAGGCGAAGCGCGCAUCAAUGGAGAUCGCGGACGGCGUUGACAAUCUGAGCGUCGCCGCCGAUUCCCAGAAGAAGAACGGCAUCCAGGUCUCGAACACCAAGAAGCCACUCUUCUUCUACGUCAAUCUCGCCAAGAGAUACAUGCAGCAGCACAAUGAAGUGGAGCUUUCGGCUCUUGGAAUGGCCAUUGCAACUGUAGUCACCAUGGCAGAAAUUUUCAAAAACAAUGGUCUUGCUAUUGAGAAGAUUGUUCUUUCAGUAAAAAAUAUCCAGAGAUUACAACAUCUACCUUUGAUGUGAAGGAUGAAUCAACGGGAUGGCUAAUGCAGAAAGCAAAGAUUGAGAUAUUGUUGGGGAAGAUGGAAAAAUUCGAUGAGUUGAUGGCUGCAGCGGCAGCAGCAGUAGCAGCAGCGGAGAAAGAUGGCAGAGAUGGUGAGGAGCAGAGCUGAAAGAAUGAAUUCCAAGUUUUGUUAUUCCUUUGAAUUGGCUGAGCAUUGCAGCUUCUUACAUGGGUAAUCUUUUUCAUACGCCGAAUUCAAAUCAAUAUACACAGUCCUAAAUCCCAAAUCAUUGAUUC